UGCCGCCUUCCGUGUGUCAUAUUUGUCGGCCCCCUUCUCGUGCGUGGCUCCCGAAUACGUCCUGCCUAGAUUAAUACGCCCCAGCUGCUCCCAUGGCGCCUAUUGCCAUCCUGGCGGCCAUCUUGUUCUGCAAUGUCGCAGCCUCAAAUGUGGAAGAGAUGGCGGCGGGACACGAGGCCCAUGUCACCAACAACAAGUCCACGUGCCCUCACAGCUUCGUCGAGGACACGCAGACGCUCGCCAAGGCCAAGCAUCCCACCUCCAAGGAGAGUGACGUGGUGUCCGACGAGGUCCAGGGGGCAGUGAUCGGCGGGAUCAUCGGUGGCAAGAAUGGUUCGGCUGGCGCGGUGGGAGGAGCGAUGCACGGCACUGGAGGAGCGAUGUAUGGCGGACUGAUGGGUUCCAGCGGCACUGCCACUUCUGCGGCUCCUCUCUCCCGCUACGACCUGGUUGUGAUAGGCGGUGGAUCUGGAGGCAUGGCCGCGGCAAAGGAGGCUGCCAAGCUUGGGAAGAGAGUGGCACUCUUUGACUACGUCAAGGAAGGUGAGUGAGUGAGUGAGUGAGUGAGCCCGCACCACCAUGGAGAUAUACAACGACUGAUUGUCAUAUCACUGCCUGAGCGUUGUAUCUCUGUGUGUGUGCGUGUGUGAUGCAGCCAUCGCCACAAGGGACGACAUGGGGGAUAGGCGGGACGUGCCUCAAUGUAGGGUGCAUCCCCAGGAAGCUCAUGCACUACGCAGCGCUCAUCGGAGCAUCAUUUUACGUAUGCCAGUCAGCACACGAAGACAAGCACCACUGCCACUACUGUUGCUCUACUGCUGCCUUUCUCUGACGUUUGUCACACAUCAAUCAGGACGCCCGUCUCCUGGGUUGGCAGCUGCCUGAUGUGCGUGGCCAGGGGCACAGCGGCAUUGCGCAUGACUGGGGACAGCUGGUGAAGUUCGUCCGAAACAAAGUAAGGCAGCUGCGCUUCUCGUACGGUAAUGCCCUCAGAUCGUACGGUAAUUCCCUCACGGUGAGUGGCGCACACACACAUUCACCACGCACCCACUGGUGUGAUUGACUGCUCAUUCUGCGCAGUAUGUGAAUGCGCUUGCCCGUUUCUGCGCAGUAUGUGAAUGCGCUUGCCCGUUUUGAGUCGGCUGGUGUGAUCGAGUACGAGAAUCCCUCAAGCGGCGAGACGCAGAAGCUCACCGCAGACAAGGUCCUUAUCGCUGUCGGUGGCAGACCUAACAUACCGGAGGUGCAUACAGAGUCUGCUUGAGGGACGGAGGAUGAACGUGUCUGUCUGUCCAGGACAUCCCUGGUGCAGUGGAGCACGACAUCACUUCAGACGACAUUUUCACCCUGGAUCGACCGCCGGGCCGCACACUCGUGGUGGGAGCCGGGUACAUCGCUCUCGAGACAGCGGGAUUCCUCAACGAAAUCAACGUAAGCAACACAGAUAGACGACCAGAUGCGAAGGCGAACAAAGGGGUGUGUGUGGUUGCAGUUUGAUGUGAGCGUGGCCGUGCGGUCGGUUGUCCUCCGUGGGUUUGAUCGGCAGUGCGCAGAGAAAAUAGCUCAGCUCAUGGCCGAGGUGGGAGUGCGGUUCAUGUACUCAGUCACCGUUGGCAGCAUCACCAAAAAGUGAGCAACCAACGCACACAGUAAUUGUGGGUGUUCCUACGGACGGUGUGUAUGCGUCCCUGUCAGGCAACCAGAUGAGAGCGGGCUGCCGUCCUUGGAAGUUGAACUGAGAAGCCGUGAUGGCAAUAUCGUGACGGAGGUAUGCUCCUGCUGAGCCUGACGUGCUGCGCGUACGAUAGACAUUCUCUUUCCCUCUCCGCCUUUCAGGUGUACAACACUGUCCUCUUCGCCACCGGCAGGACGCCCGAAACAGCCAGUCUUGGUAGGUUACCUACCCCAGAUCCUUUCCUCCCUCGUUCAUCGAUUUGUCGAUUAGGUCUGGACGCUGUUGGUGUGAAAUAUGACGCCCAGACGAGCAAAAUAGCCGUCAACGAUGUGGAGCAGACCAGCGUUCCGAACGUCUAUGCCGUGGGCGACUGCAUCCCGCAGCUAGAACUCACACCGGUGGCCGUCAGGGCUGGCGAAGUGUUGGCAAGGUAAGGGCACGAGAGACACAGACAGGAGGAUGGUAGUGUGGCCUCUAUCGUUCACGUGUCAGGCGGCUGUAUGGGGGGUCGACGGAGAAGAUGGACUAUGAGAUGGUGCCCACAACCGUCUUCACGUGAGAGACUCAUCCAGGCUGACAGACGGAGAGGCAGCACGUUCCUUUCUGUGUCUAGGCCUUUCGAGUACGGUUCCGUUGGCCUCUCAGAGGAACAAGCCGUGAAAAAAUACGGCAAGGACGCAAUCGAAACGUUCCUGCUAGAGGUAGAGACCGCCCACACAGAUCCGCCAGCCCUGUCUCGUCUCGCUCACUCAUCUGCCCCCUUGCUCACUCACUUUGAGGACCUUGAGCUGUCAGGGGUGCACCGCCCAAAAGUCGCCACGGCCCGCUCAGACGGGUUCGACAUCUUCCUAUCGGCCAGCAACCUCUCCAAGCUCGUCUGCCUCAGAAACGAGAACAACAGAGUGGUGGGCUUCCACUACGUCGGGCGCAAUGCGGGCGAGGUGACGCAGGGAUUCGCCCUGGCGCUGCGGCUGGGGGCGACCAAGAGUGACUUUGACAGGAUGCUCGGCAUACAGCCCACUGAUGCAGAGUCGUUUUCUGGCCUGACGGUGACGCGCAGGUCGGGGGAGAGCUUUGUGGCGGCUGGGGGGUGUGGUGGGGGGAGAUGUGGGUGAUGAGACAGACAAGUGGUACUGCACGAUGCUUCCGUAGCAGCUCGAACUGCACGCGGGACCUGACGGCACGGUGAAAAGACGGGAUGCAAGGUGACUGUCGCGUGAAGAAGUAGUACUAGUAGUAGUCGCCUGGCUUGUGCGUCCCUCCCGGAGAGCCACCCCUUCUCAAUGUGCUACCUCGCGUCAGCAACUGAGACAGCCAUGACACACACACACACACACACACACACACAGAGAGAGAGAGAGAGAGACAACGACGGCAGUGCGGCGGUAGUGUCGUCCUUCGAUGGGCACGAUGUGGU